AGAGCGACAAGAAUCGUUAAAUUCUAUCAGUUACCCUGUCUUAAAUGUUCUUUGUUCAUAAAUGUUUUGAUAACAAUGAGCACGGGGAUAGAUGUCUGUUCAAUCUCCACGGCGCACUUGUCGGCCAGCGACUACUAAAUCUGCGACUGAAAUGAGUAAUAAGUGACCAGCGGAAUUAUCCGGCAGACCGUUUCCUUCGAGCCAUAACGGUCUGCAACCGCGCCACAAAAUACCAAGCCUGUGAAAAACUGGGAGAUACUGUUUCAAACUUUCACGUAUGAUGUAUCCGAAAAUAAUAAUUGUUAAUCCUGUUCUGAUUUUUCAUAUCCUUAUUGUUCAGCAUUAAUAACGACCAAGUGAGCAAAUGACAAUCGCAGCUUGUGGUUGUUGUGUGAGCAUCCAUUGAUCAUGCGUAGCCCAUGGCCGGUUCGAUUAUCAUCGUACCGACCGCUACUCGAAGCUUUCGUAGUGCCGUGUAAAGAGAGAUACAUAUUUCAGAGCGGAACUAAAUUGAUCCGCGGAUAUAAGUUUGGCUGAAAGCUUGAAACUAUCCCUUCAUUCGGCAACCUCUGGAAUAAUUCAUCAUCAACACGGUUGCAUGUGAUACGUCUAUUGACAGCAAAUCCGCAAGAUUUCGAAUCAUGUCCUUUGCUACCUGGUUCGAUGGGCAUAAUCGCGCUAGUUCAGCUGUCCGGCGUUUACUGGGAUGGCGGCAGGGAGACGAAGACGAAGCAUGGGCGGCCAAGGCCAUUGAUGCCUUGGUAAAGAAACUAAAAAACCGAAAGGGUGCAAUGGAGGAUUUGGAUCGAGCGCUGGAAGUACGAAGCGCUAAUUCCAAAUGUAUUACUAUUCCCAGAUCACAGGAUGGACGCUUGCAAGUUAGCCACAGAAAAGGACUACCACAUGUAAUUUACUGCCGUGUGUGGAGGUGGCCAGAUUUACAAAAUCAUCAUGAACUGAGAGCCGUGCAGAGCUGCCAGAAUCCUUUUGAGAACAAUACCAAUAAAGACGUCUGCAUAAAUCCAUUUCAUUAUGAACGGAUCGAAAGUCAAUCAUUGUCUCAAAUGCCCCCUGUCUUGGUGCCGCGACAUGAUGAAUACAGUCCAACUCAUGCCAAUCCGCCAUUGUUCCAUCAAAUGCUCAAAGAUGAAGAAUAUACCAUUCCACGCAACUUUACGUACGGCGAGCCUCACAGUCCUGAUAUGGCUGGUAACCGGCAUGUUUUUAGCCCCAUCCAAAGCACGUCAAGCAGUCCACUUACCAAUGGAGGAUUCUCUUUUCCUCCUUCGCCAUCUUCGCAGCCAUAUAGCCCACACUGCUACACAGGUCCGCAAUCGCAUAACCUGCUUGACGAAGAAAUGGGGGGCAGCACACAAGCGGCACCGAAUAUAAAGCCAGAUGACAUUGUAGCUAUGGUUCCAAUGGAGGAAACGGAAAUGUGGUGCACAAUCCAGUAUUAUGAACUGAAUGCGCGCGUUGGGGAACCAUUCAAUGCUCCACGUUAUACGGGGCCGGAUGGCAUCGAUGUGGACGGCUUCACCGAUCCAACCGUUAAUGGGAAGCGAUUCUCACUGGGGCUGCUAUCCAAUCUUCAAAGAAAUUCUGUCAUUGAAAAUACGCGACGUUGUAUCCGACAUGGGGUUCGACUGUACUACACCAAUGGAGACGUUUAUGCGGAAUGUCUGAGCAAACAUUCCAUAUUCAUUCAGAGCCAAGAAAGCAAUGUCCGUCAUCAGCUGAAUCAAGCAUCAAUCGUGAAGCUGCAGCAUCAAAGGUCACAAAAGAUAUUUUCUACAGCUAAUUUCGCCAAGAUUCUCCAGAGCCGGGCUGAAUCGACGCAGAUCAAUGCGUAUGAUGCUGUAUUUGAACUGCAGAAAAUGUGCAUCAUCCGCAUCAGCUUCGUUAAGGGUUGGGGAGCGGAUUAUAACCGGCAAGACGUCACUAGUACGCCCUGUUGGAUUGAAAUCCGCCUGCAUGCUCCUAUGAUUUGGCUGGAUAAAGUCCUCACACAAUUGCCACCUCCGCCCAUCAUGCUGCAGUCGGACACGUAACAAUCACCCAGCACAAUUGACUAACCAUAAGCCAUUUCACGAAAAUCUCAGCAGUAAUUCCGGCCAGUUUUUCGCUUUCUUUUUUGACAUCUUUCCUUUUAUAUGGUUAUGUAGCAGCCGUUAAUUUCAAUACCGUAGCUUGAUAAAGCAUCAAUAAUGUCUUGCCACUUACCGCAAGUUUUGCUUGCGCUGUACAUAAUACUGUGCGCAGCCAGAAUCGCGCUCUACGAGGUGCAGAACGAAUGAGCAAAACUGCCAAAAAUAGAUGUUCAUUCCUUCUCUACUGUGCUUCUACAGCACGGUCCUAGUGCAUCAUAAUACAUAAUACAUAAUACGUAUAAUUGUUAAAGUGGACUGGUAGACUGGCUGGCAUGUAUGCAAUACUAUGCAGCGCAUGUUAUGCCGUAUAGCAAUAUUGUUAUUGUAGUUUCAUUUGCUGCAUUGUUACUUACUAGUUUCACCGCUUUCUUUACAUACUAAUGGUAAGGUGAAUUUUUGUACA